UUCUAGCCAAUUUCAGAUUAUUACUGUCCAUUUCACAAUAUUAAGAUGUUAACUCCGGCCAAAGGGCAUUUCCGCUAAGUACCCAGAUUGUGUGUAAUUCAGAAUAUUGUUUCAGUGCUUAACUUAACUAUUUAAAUUGUGUUUAUUUGUGACGGGCUCCGAUGCUGUUUUAAUUUCUACUUAUGUUUUUAAAUGUAUAUGUUGGUCUUCCUAAUAUAACAUAAAUAUUCAACUAGAUACUAUAGUAGGUAGUGAAAAGUUAUAUUUUAAUUCAUAAAUAAAAUAUAACUAUUAUAAAAUGUCAAAUAUUUAAACAAGUCAAGUAUCAAAAUUAACUAAUGAUUAGGUACAUACCUAAUCAUUGAAACAUAUCAUUUAAAAAGUUGCACAAUAAACAUAUCAUGUAAAAUGUGGCGACAUCUACCACGCCACAAGUCAUCACUCAUUACAGUAGUAACAUGUGUCAGCAUGAAAAAUACGAGAACUGUAACAGUCAGUGCGACAGCGUCGCGCGAGCUUCGUCCACACAUACACACACCGUCGAUGAAACCAACUCAUACAUUCAAGUGGUGGUGCAGAAGCACCGACGUGGCCGCGGGCGGCUGCCGGCCGCCUCCAGCCCCGCCGCCGCGCCGCCUCACGCUCCGCCACACGUGCCCCAUACACACUGUCGGAAGCUUCGUUUAGAGACGGAGGGUGGCGGGGGUGGCGGGGAGGGCGGAGAGGGCGGCGAGGCGCUGCUCAUGCUGCAGUCGCGGCCGCCGCUGCUGCUGCUGCCGCCGCUCGCCGUCAUGUCCUCGCCCGCGCUCGCGCCGCGCCACGAUACGCAUAACAGCCGCGUAAGAAAUGAGUUCCCGUGUAAUGAAAAAGGCGACCCCGGUGUCGGCGGCGGGCGCUCUCUCUCGCCUUGCACCGAGCGGCCGCAGAAGGGGAAGCCUUCCUGGAAGAUGUUCCACCUAGACGAGAAUAACUUGGUCACACCUGACUGCGGUCCGGAGCGUUUUGAGGUGUACUACUUCGAGAGCGCCGAGGUGUCGCAGCUGGCGACCCGCGCCGCGAGGCGCACGGCGGUGGAGCGCGCGGCGAGCGGCGCGCGGCGGCGAGCGGCCGCGAUGCUCGACGAGCUGCUCGCCGCCGCGCGCCUCGCGCUCGCCGCGCCGAUCGCGCUGCUACUCGCACUGCUCAGGUGUAUGCUGGAGUUGCAACUGGGCGCGGUGUCGGGUGUGGUGAGCACACUAUCAGACUACGCACUGACGCCGGCGUUGGCGCUGCUGUACAACGCGGUGCUGCGGCCGCCGCUUGUGUGCGCGCGCGCGCUGCUGCGGCCCGCGUGCGGCAUGCUGGCCGACGUGCUGGAGCCGCUCACGCGCGUGCUCGGCGCGCUGCGCCUCGUGCACGUGCACGUGGAGCGUGCGCCGUGCCGCUGCGCGCGCCGCCACUGCGCAGAUGAUGACAACGAACGAACGAACGAACGUGUGAAUAACAAUGUUAAUUUUGUAUAAUUUAGUAUUAUUGUGUGUUUGAAUUAAAUUAAAAUCACUUG